AUUCUGUAAAUGGCACUUCUGUUGCCCCAGAAAAUAGCAGUUAAGGCAAACUGGAUGUGCCAGUGGCAAUGGGACCCAUUCUGCAAGAAGGGACAGAAUCGACUAUCCUGAAGAAGGUGCAAGUCAAAGAAAAGGUUAAAGUGAAAAAUGCAGAAAAUACUGCCGUCGUUACCAGCAACAAUAAAACAGGAAGCAAAGUUAAACAGAACCAGAAACCUCAGAAGAAAACAAGCUCGUUGCAAAAGAAUGUCAUUCCAGUGCAGGACAUCCACCCCUUAUCCAGGGCUAAAAUUGGCCAAAACAGAAACAGACAAAAGCCUGUCAGGAGUCCUACAGCAGGUGCACAUACGAUGCUUAACACACAGUUUGAAGCUGACACAAGGCAUCCAAAACCAAGGCACUUUCCGUUAGCCCGGGAGGAGGAACGUCAGAAAGUGCAGCAUCAGUCCCAUUUGUGCACUGAGCAAAGCUAUGCAAUGCGAGAAAAGAGCCGACGUGCUUUAUCUCUUCCACUGGCUCCUCAUCAGUUUUCCUUUCCCAAGCACGUCCCAGACCUCAAGGCCCUGCAUCUGGAGCACAGAGAAGAUGACACUGACAGUGCCAGCGACCUGUCAGACUCUGAGCGGCUCCCUGUGUUGCCGUCUCCCUGCACCCCUCCUCAGCUCAAUCUCCGGGCAGAAAUCGUCAACACCAUGGACCUACAUCCGCACAUUCCAGGCCCCAGGACGGGACAGACCGGGAGUGAAAGCUACAGCUACCCUGACUUCCUGCCUCCACCUUUUAACACCUGGAGCUUAAGACAACUUGCCGUCUUCUUGAACACCGAUGGAAAACGUGCACCACGUCCCAAACCUGUGGGCCAGCUCGAGAAAUACCUGGAACGCCUCCUGCAGCUCGAGUGGCACCAGAUCCAGACCAUUCAGGCAGAGAACGGCCGGGGUAAUGCAGCCAAUGUCUGUCCUAGAGGGCGCACCCUUUACGGUCCGCAAGUUGCCAGCUUUUCCAGACCUCACACAGCCCCACCUACACGCCUCAGCUCGCCAAAAAGUGUGCGCCAGAGUCAACCCUUUACUCUUCUUUCAUCUCUGGGCAGCCCAUCAUCAUGCCGGCUCUCUCGCUGCCUUUACAGUCAGGUCCGUUACCCAAUGUGCAACGGGAGCUGCUCCUCAUAUGCCUAUCAGCGCCAUUCCCGCCUCAGCCCAUUGCUAGAGCGUAAAGCACCACCCAACAUCGCCCAAAAAAGAAGCAGCAGUGAAAGUCGGGCUUCAGCUGACAACCGAGUUAAGACUCAUUAUCCCGUCAGCCCGAGAAUUCCACAAAAACAUAUGCAGCCAGCUGGAAAUGGGCAUAAAGUUUCUCAGGAAUCAAGUGGUAAGAGUAAAGAUCAGGGUCCAGCACGGAAAGGUUACAGUGGAGGGGCAGAUCAGGUUACAGUGGAGAGGCAAAAAGAUACACUAAUAGGUAGAAGUGCAGUCGAUAAGCGCAUUGUUGCUGGUAACAAACGAGAAGUUAGCGGGCUAGAGCAGAGCAAAGAAAAGCAGUGUACACAGACUGGGAGCACUGGUAAAAGGGAUGGGGUUAAAACAGUGGUUGUGGAAAGUAAUAAAGGAAAACAGACACACAAAAAGGCAAAAAAUGUCCAGCUGGCCAAGUAA